CCAGACGAUGUACCAUUACCUGAUGCCAAAAGCCACAUCCGCAACACCUUCCUACUACGUCAUUGGCGUGUCUUUGGACGACAUUACAGCCCGCGCCGCAAUUGUCAACUUGAUGAGGACCGUGUUCGGCCCAUCGAUGUUCAUCGCCAUUUCGCACAUCACCUACCCGCUGAGAACGUUCAGCGACUGCCGCAUAUUUCCACUGGCCAUGGAGGAUCUGCCUGAAGGCCUCACCCGUGGGAGAGACUACACCUACGGGCACACUGUCAACGAAAGCUUGCUGGUACUUCGGGAAGUGCUGAAGCAGGGUCUCUCGAUACCUUUUGCGAUCUCUUUUGGUUUAAAAGGAGUCCACUACGUCCCCAAAACGGCCAACUCCAAUCCAUUGUUCCAGCCAUGCCGAGAUCAUCAGGCGCCAUUCUAUGAUGACCCAAGUACGUCAUACCUCAACUGA